AGGGUGAAAAGCAAGUCCUGGAAGAAUCUGCAUUUGAAGAAAUGGAAAGAGAUUUUCAGGGAGUUCUUCAUGAACUUUCAGGAGACAAAAGUCUGGAAAAAUUUCGGAUUGAAUAUGAGAGGCUUCAUGCUGUCAUGAAAAAGUCUUAUGACAAUGAAAAGCGUCUGAUGGCCAAAUGCAGAGAGCUAAAUGCAGAGAUUGUAGUGAAUUCCGCGAAGGUCGCCACUGCCCUUAAGCUCUCUCAGGACGAUCAGACCACCAUUGCAUCCCUAAAGAAGGAAAUUGAAAAGGCCUGGAAGAUGGUGGACUCAGCCUAUGACAAAGAGCAGAAGGCCAAGGAGACGAUUCUUGCUCUGAAAGAGGAAAUAGUGAACCUGACCAAACUAGUCGAGCAAGGGUCUGGACUGUCAAUGGACCAGGAUAGCAACAUCCGAGAUUUACUGAAGUUCAAAGAAGAAGUGACAAAGGAGAGAGACCAGCUCUUAUCAGAAGUGGUAAAAUUACGAGAAUCACUAGCUCAGACCACUGAACAGCAGCAGGAGACAGAGCGAUCCAAAGAGGAGGCUGAACACACCAUCAGUCAGUUCCAGCAAGAAAUCCAGCAACGUCAGAACGAAGCUUCCCGGGAGUUCCGGAAGAAGGAAAAACUAGAGAAAGAGCUCAAGCAGAUUCAGACAGACAUGGACAGCAGGCAGACAGAAAUAAAAGCCCUGCAGCAGUAUGUGCAGAAGAGCAAGGAGGAGCUUCAGAAGCUGGAGCAGCAGCUGAAGGAGCAGAAGAUAUUGAAUGAGAGAGCUGCAAAGGAACUCGAGCAAUUUCAGAUGAGAAAUGCUAAACUUCAGCAAGAGAAUGAGCAGCACAGUUUGGUUUGUGAGCAGCUAUCCCAGGAAAACCAACAGAAGGCAUUGGAGCUCAAAGCCAAAGAGGAAGAAGUCCACCAAAUGCGCCUUGACAUCGGGAAGCUCAACAAAAUCAGAGAACAAAUCCAUAAGAAACUGCACCACACUGAAGAUCAAAAGGCAGAAGUCGAACAGCACAAAGAAACCCUAAAAAAUCAGAUCGUGGGAUUAGAGAGAGAGGUGGAGGCUUCAAAGAAACAAGCAGAACUUGAUAGAAAGGCAAUGGACGAGCUUCUGAGAGAACGGGACAUACUAAAUAAGAACAUGCUUAAGGCAGUCAAUGCGACCCAGAAGCAGACUGACUUGGUAAAGCUCCAUGAACAAGCCAAGAGGAACCUGGAGGAAGAAAUCCAGAACUACAAGGAUGAGGCUCAGAAGCAGAGAAAGAUCAUCUUUCAUCUGGAAAAGGAGCGUGACCGGUACAUCAACCAAGCCAGUGACCUUACGCAAAAGGUCCUUAUGAACAUGGAAGACAUAAAAGUUCGUGAAACGCAGAUUUUUGACUACAGGAAAAAAAUAGCUGAAUCAGAGAUUAAAUUAAAACAGCAACAGAACCUGUAUGAAGCUGUGAGAUCAGACAGGAAUCUGUGCAGCAAAAAUCUGGUUGAGGCUCAGGAUGAAAUAACAGAAAUGAAGAGAAAGUUAAAGAUUACGACCCAUCAGGUAGAUCAGCUGAAAGAAGAAAUCUCUGUCAAAGAGUCUGCAAUUGUGAAGCUGCACCUGGAACAGCAGCGAAUAGAAAAGGAAAAGGAAACAUUGAAGGCUGAGCUGCAGAAGCUGAGACAACAAGCCCUGGAGACCAAACACUUUAUUGAAAAGCAAGAAGCUGAAGAGAGAAAACUCCUGCGAAUAAUUGCUGAGGCUGACGGGGAGAGGUUGAGACAGAAGAAGGAAUUAGACCAGGUCAUCAGCGAGAGAGAUAUCCUGGGGUCUCAGCUUGUUCGGCGCAAUGAUGAGUUAGCUUUGCUCUAUGAGAAGAUCAAGAUCCAGCAGUCUGUGCUGAAUAAAGGGGAGAGCCAGUACAACCAGAGGUUGGAGGACAUGAGAAUCCUCAAACUUGAGAUCAAGAAGCUUCGCCGGGAAAAGGGGAUUCUUGCCAGGAGUGUGGCUAAUGUUGAAGAACUCAGACAGGAGUUUUUUCACAUGCAAAGAGAAUUCUUGAAGGAGAGAACACGCUGCCGAGCCCUGGAGGAGGAGCUGGAGAAUCCCAUGAAUGUGCACAGAUGGAGGAAGCUCGAGGCCAGCGACCCCAAUGCGUUUGAGCUGAUACAGAAAAUUCACACCCUGCAGAAGCGUCUCAUCAGCAAGACUGAAGAGGUGGUUGAAAAAGAGCUGCUCCUACAGGAAAAGGAGAAACUCUACAUGGAACUAAAGCACGUCUUGGCCCGCCAGCCUGGACCUGAGGCUGCGGAACAGCUGAAACUCUACCGACGCACGCUGCAUGACAAGAAGCAGCAGCUCAAAGUUUUGUCUUCAGAACUGAAUAUGUAUGAAGUACAGAGCAAAGAAUAUAAAUAUGAGGUAGAGAAACUUACCAAUGAGCUCCAGAAUUUAAAGAAGAAAUACCUCGCUCAGAAACGUAAAGAACAACUUCAAAAAAACAAGGACACAGCACCCAUGGAUAACACCUUCUUAAUGGUCAAACCAAAUGGCCUUGGUUUUACUGGGGGUGGAUUUCCUCUCAGGUCAACCAAGUUGAAGUUCUAACCUGAAGCUGCUGGCUGGGUCCAGUUGAACAGCUCAUGAAAUCUGCUCUGGGACAUUUUGGGGGAAUCUCAAAGUCCUUGGAUCGUAGAAUCGGUGCUGAGAAUCCAGGAUGGAAAGAAAUGCAGAACUAUUAUAGUCACAUACAUAUAAGAGGGAUGGUGUUUUGUCUGGUCCACGUUGAUAUUAACAAGAUCUUAAUUCUGUGUGUUCAGUUAGGCUGACCUAUUGCAUGAAGCAAAUCUUUUGUUGCUACCCUAUUGAUUGAAAUGUACUAGACCUUAAUUUCUUUAUUAUAGAUAUUGGUGUACUUGAAGGUUUUAUAUUCAAAAGUAUUUUUGAAAUGCAAUGCUUCCCCUCUCACCUUAUUAACAAGAAUCUAUUUUAAUUAUUCCUCAUUAACAAGUCAUUGCAUGAGAUGAGAAAGAAGGACAAACUCUCAAGAAUUUAAAAAGUGUUUUGAGAAUGAUUUCUAUGUGGAAUUUCUUUUCAGGCCUGGAGUAGGAAAAUCUAUUCCAAAGAGACACACUAAUAAAUACUUCAUCAUAAAAAAUAAAAAAGAAUCUUUGUAGAGAUUUUGAUCCUUGCUUUGGUAGAGUAUGUAAUUAAAGUUUAAAGCUACUGUGAGAGAUGUUUAACAAGAGCAUUUGAUUCACAGGAACAAGGACCAUGAAAUGAGAGAUUUGUGCUAGUCUCCUAUCCUUUCUAGGCCUCCAUCUUCCUCCUAGACUUGAGAACACAAUUAUUUAGCACAGACAUCUGUUUGGCUCCCAGGCAUUUUGAACCAUUGAAUCCACUGUGAUUUCUUGUUAUUGAAGCCACAAUUAUUGGGGCAUCCGUUCAAAGUUUUCUCAUUAAGAGGUUUCAUUCAGUUACAUCGUGUGAGGACACUCUGGCCAUCUCUCUCACAAUAACUUGACCUCUGUAUUUUAAAAAAUUUUUGAGGAGUAGCUCAGGGAUGAAUAAGCACAGUGUUAAUGGAUCAUAACAUUCUGUUUGUGCCGAGGGACCAAGAUUUCCCUUGUGCAGAGCCGGAGUGUGAAUGACCUGAGAUGUUUGUUUAGACCAUAUGUGGAGGUGGGACUUCAGAGGGACCUUCCGGAUGUCCUGUGUCACCUUCAGUUCACUACAUGCCAGUCUCCAUUCUUAGAUGAGGUUCUCUAGAAGCAAACCAAAGACGUUGGUGUCAAUGAAAGUGAUUUAUUAUGAAGUGAUCCGAAGAAAACCAGUAAGAGGAUGGUGAAGUAAGACAGGGACAGGAAGGAGGCCGAGAAGGAUGCAAUAUUAUGUCCAGUUCCAUGAUGGAGACUUUGGCUUCAUCUUGCAGGAGAGCUCUGGGGAUAUCUUAGAGUUGUCUCCAGGAGGAAUGAGGGGCUGGGGUAUAUCUCCUAUGCUGUCUGUCAUUGGCCAAGGACUGCUCUGGAGGGACCCUUCUCGUUCUCUCUGCCUGCAGGCAAAGCAGGCUUUGGCAGCUUGGUGGCAGCCCGCAGACAGAGAACACAGGUGCUGACUGUUGGAGGUGAAAGUGGUUAAGGGCUCAGGGGAAAAUGAGUUGGGCAGUGUCAUCCUCUGCUUCUCCCAAAUGGGCCCAGUGAGAGAGUGCUUAAAGCAACCUCCAGUGUAGCUGAAAAUGUUUUGAAGAGGUGUGAUCAUCAGCUCUUUGGGCACCAUACAGGGAUAUAGAGGAUGGGACUGUACCCUAGAGAAUUUACCAAGAGCAUUUUAAACCUAAAAAAAUCACAAUGGGGCCAUUUCCAUUUUUGAAAAUCGCUGAUGAUAUCUUCCCUCAGAGCCAACCAUACUUUGCUUAGACAAAAGAUGUUUGCAGGUAAGGUAAGGCAGUUAUGACACAUAUACAACCCUGGAGAUUUUUCCCAUCUAUCCUGAGGCAUUUUGAAGCAUAGUCGUAGCCCACUGUAUUCUGAGUCCUUGGGUGUCUUCACAAGAGGUUCACUUCUAUAGGGGAACGGAGUCUGAUCUUUGAUCUAUCUCAGAAUGGCAAACACUCUGGAGACAGAUUCUGGGUUCAAAUCCUGACUCAUCAUAACAACAGGUUGUUUUCAGGAUUAAAUGAGUUAAUGCAUGUAAGCUUAGAACAAUGUCAGGCACAUAGUAUUGUUCAAUAAACAUCUGCCAUUAUUACUAUUACCUAAAAGAUACCAAACAUUUUGGAAUUAGAGAAGAAAAGUUGUUACGUAAUACUUGUCACCUGUAAAGGUGAUUCUAAUCCUCACUUAAAGGGUUAAUGACACUAAAAUGAAGCUGGAUUUAGUAAUGUGAUAUAAAUAGAAUAUCUUGUAGAAAUGUCACAUUGCGUGCCUCAUGAAAACUUCUGUAUUUUUUUUUUAUAGUUGCCAUCUGGGAACAAGUUGAUCCUCCAUCUUCAAAGUCAGAGCUUUCAGCCUUCCUCUGUUCACAGGAGGGAAAGAGCCUGGUGGUUUCUGGCUGCCAUCUUCUUCCUGUGUCUCUCCAUGUAACAGAGCAGGAUGAUCAGCAGCUGCUGAUGACAGACGUCCCAUGAGCCAAGGGGGAAGAGGGCCUUGGGAGCUGACAUAGCAGCUCUAUCAGACUCAUAAGUAUGCUUGUGUUCAGAUGGAGGAGGAGCGAAUUAGGCUAGAAAAGGUGAAAGAUACUGCACUGCCUCUCAUUUACUGCACGUCCUGACAGCCCAGGGUAUUAUAAGCAAUAACUAUUUAGGUGCAGGUGUUUCCACAGUAGCCACAGCACAAAAAUGAGCUGUUAAAAAACACCGAGAUUUGCAAAUCAUUAAAGAUAACUGUGAACUCACAGUGGGCUGAGGUGCUUUUAAAAUCACAAAUUUGAGCUGCACUGUAAAGCAACAUUAGGAGACUGUACAGUAGCAUAAUUUUACCCUGGGGUUUUCAGAAUUUUAGAAAGGAGUCCUGUUGCUAAACCGUCCAUUGACUCCCGGCUGGGCUGAUGGGGAGCUGGUGCAGUUUCUCUGUUAAUAGAGAGAGACAUGAUGAAGGGGACUCCCUGGUCAUUAUUUGCUGAUCAUAGCUUCUCAGCGACUAUUCUUAUAGCCAGGUUUUUAUUGUGCUUACCUCUGAAGAAUAGCUCAGGGCAAAGGUUUGUUGCUGUGAUGAGCCAUAGAGACAGCAGUAGUAGUCUUGCUAGGAAGAGAUAGCAACACCUCUGCUUGUCAUGGGCUAUAAUUUUGCUAUAAAAAUUUAUCCAGGGCUGAUAAUUAUCAUUUGAUUUCCUGACUUGCUCAGACAGAUUCUGAAGUUUGACCUAGACCAAGACACCCAUAGGAACAUACUGUAUAAUGCAUUUUGAACAUUAUGGCAUUUCAGGGCCUGGACAAUUUGAGGAAAUGAUCUCUCUCUUAAAACAUAAUCAAUUAUAUGGACAUCUUGUUGGGACAGGAGUAAAGGGAGGGCAUUUUAAAAUGUUAAAAUGGUAAAAUAAUUUUAAAAUAUGUCUCGCCAUUUUCUUUGUAGUAGACAGAAAAUAUUUUUAUAGCAUUGUCCAUUUUUACCUUCCAAUUCAAUGCUGUUUUAGUAUACCAUUUCUCAUAUCUAUUAUUUAAAAGUUCCAUUAGGGUUUUUAGAUUCAUUAGAAUUUUAUAGCAGUAUAAAAUGUGAUUAUCAACAGGGUACUACUUUUCUUCUUUAUAAUUAAAAAUAGAUUUUGUUCUUAUUUUAAAGUACAUGAUUGUUACAGAAUAUUAACAAAUAUAGAUAAGCAAAAGGAAGAAAAAGGACGUCUAUAAUCCUACCACUCAUAGCUAUUGUUUUUCUGGACUAACACUCAUCUCAUUCACACGGGUUGGCUGUAUCAGUUGUUCAAACCUACCAUUUCUUCUGAUGGGUCAAUGCUUGUGCUUCCCAUCAUUAAAUAUUUUUAACGUCACCUUUGAAAUAUUACUGUUCUAUAUUUUUGAAUGUAUCUUUCUGAACCUUUAAGUAUAUACUGUAUAAGUAUAUAUGCAUAUAUAUGUAUAUAUAUAGAUAGAUUUUCUUUUUAAAAAUCAGCUUUAUCAAUAUAUAACCUACAUAUAAAAGGCACUUAUUUUAAGUGUAUAGCUUGGUAAGUUUUGACAAAUGCAUACAUUCAAGUAACCACUGCCAUAAUCACCACUCCUCCAAAAUGCUCCUUAUGCCACUUGGCAAGUCAAUAUUCCCAGCCACCACCCAGCCCAAGCAACAGUGGAUCUGUUUUUUAUUGUUAUAGAUUAGUUUUGUCUUUCUUAGAAUUUUAUAUGAA